AUUGAAAGUUCGACAUCCUCAGUGACCCCGUCGACACUUCCUCCAUCCAACACACACCAAAAUGGCCGACGCUCCCGUUACUCUGCGGACUCGCAAGUUCAUCCGCAACCCUCUGCUUGCCCGCAAGCAGAUGGUCGUGGACGUCCUCCACCCCAACCGCCCUAACGUCUCCAAGGACGAGCUCCGCGAGAAGUUGGCCGACCUGUACAAGUCCAACAAGGACCAGGUCUCCGUGUUCGGUUUCCGCACACAGUACGGUGGUGGCAAGUCCACUGGCUUCGCUCUGGUCUACGACUCCUCCGAGGCCCUGAAGAAGUUCGAGCCCCACUACCGUCUCGUCCGUGUCGGUGCUGCCAACAAGAUCGAGAAGCCUUCCCGCCAGCAGCGCAAGCAACGGAAGAACCGCUCCAAGAAGUUCCGUGGUAUCGCCAAGGUCAAGGGCCCCAAGAAGAGCAAGGACUAAGCGCAUCGCUUAUCUCAACCACGAAUCAACAUGGACCGAUAA